UAAACAGGAUAAAGGAACAAUUGUAACAACCCCAUAAAUAAUGGAAUCGUCUAUAGAGAAUUCGGCUGCACUUACUCCGAGAUUCUGUGUAUUGCAAGCAUCGGGGUGAAAUGGAUUUACACGAAAUGACGUCUUCCGGAGAUGUCAGUCCAUCAACUACACCAUGUGGAACCCCAUUAAGUGGAGCACCUAAAUUUGGAACAGUUAUACCAAACAGAAUAUUUGUAGGUGGAAUUGCAGCUAAUACAACAGAACAGGAGCUCAAACAGUUUUUCUCAGCAUAUGGUGCAGUAAAAGAUUCCAAAAUUAUAGCAGAUAGGGCAGGGGUUUCCAAAGGGUAUGGAUUCAUCACUUUUGAAAAUCAGGAAGAUGCUGACCGGAUUAUCAAAAAGGAGGUGAGUGUAGAAUCUGAUAAUCUUGUGUUUAGAGACAGGAAGCUCAAUAUAGGACCAGCAAUUAGAAAGCAGCAAGUUUUGCCAAGGGCAUUUGAAUCUCCGGUGUCGCCAGGUGCUGUGAUGUUCUCUAAUGGUGUCCCUUAUACCUACCAGAAUGGCAUGGCAGUGUUUGCAUCUCCAGAAGCAGGUUAUGCUGUACCUCAAGCUCAGCCACAGACAGCAUUAAUGGUCCCACAGACACCACCAGUGUAUGUACAACCACAGUAUGCAACAUACCAAGUACCAGUUUCAGCAUAUAAUUAUACAUCAUUACAGACUUCACCUCAGUGGGCAACUACAGCAGCAGCGGCUGCAGCAAAUGCAGGUCAAUGGCGAUACAUGACGCAGAGCCCUACUACAGCUUUGACAGCUACAGCCAACCCUUACAUGAUCGCUAUGCAACCAGAUUUGAUGUAUGCUCAAGUACCACAGGCAUAUCAAGCCCCAGAAUUCACAGAUGCUACUGUUCUUGAUGGCACUGCUGGGGUUGAGGGCAGCAUCUCCAUGGGGGAACAAAGCUUGCAACAACUGGUCAGCCAGCCAAUCGUCUCUGUUACUGAGGCAAAAGUCCCAGCUCCAGCACAAAAUGUGGCUGUGUCAGUCGUGGCGACGACGAUGCAGUAUACACCUCCAGUUGUAACCUGCUCCAUGCAGCAUGACAAGUGUAUCCCUAUGUCUAUAAUUAACUCUGUUAUGUCUACUAAUACUCCAAUUACUACAUCUAGUCCAGUAUCUACAGUCACCACAAGCAAGCAUUCUAGUGUCUGUGCUAUCAAUGUUGCGCCUUAUAAGAAACCAAUCGCAACUGUGUCAAGAAGAAACUUCACAAGUCCCUUCAUUGUAAGGAAUGGACAUAAAGUACAGUGUUUAAUGGUCCCACCAAAAAAUAUGGCUUCCGGACAAUAUGCUUUUAUGGCACAGCUUCCAGAGGAGACUGGUACCCCUACUCCUUGGAGUAUUCCUUGAAGAGAACUGAAGUGAAAAAAUUAUCUGGAAAUGACUAUAAAUAAAACACGUUAUUUGUUUUCUUGUUAAGGUUGCUGGUUUUUAAGUAAUUUGUUUACAAUGUUUUUUUUCCCUCCUGUAAAAUGAUUUAUUUUUCUCUGAUUAAUCUAGUAAAAGAUUUCUUUAGUUGUAAUGUAUCAGUAUGCAUGUUACAGUAUGAUUAUUGAAGAAUAAGCAUUCAUGCAUGAGAUCCAUUUGUAUGCUGGGCUAAAUGUAGUUGUUUCAGAUUAGUUCUUUGUUUUAUUGAAUUGAUUGAUGAUUGCAAACCAUGUCGACUGAAUUAUAUGUAUUUUUUGUAUGAUCAUUGCUUAGUGUGAUUUGAGAAAGAAGAUAAUGUGUUGAUGAUGGCUUUUAUACAUAGGAUAAAAUGUAAAAAUGAGCCAUGCAUAAAAAAAAAUUGGAAAAUUGUGUUUAAUUGAUUGAAAGCAAUAAAUUGUUAAUUGCAGGAAAUAAUUAGAAAAAAACAAAUACAAAAAACAUUAUCAAACUGCUUAACCUGUCCUCUAUUACAGCAAGAAUAAAAAGUUUCUCUUUGGUAAACAAAAAUCUGAUUUGAUCCAAAAAUGGAUUUUAUUCGGAGGAAAAUAGUUACUGACAACUUUGGAGUUUAAUUUUUAGUUUUCUAUUGAAUUUUUAUGUAUUAUGUCAAAACUUUUUGCUAGAGUAAAGUGAAUUCUCGCUGGUAGAUCAAAUAAAAUGAAGAAAUAUUUAUUGAGGUAAAAAAUGUCUACCGUUUACAUUGUUUGUCAGUAUAAUGUAUUUGAUCAUAAUAACCAAGUAUUAAAAGUUAUUUCAUGUUUAAUGAAAGACAAGAAUUUU